AUGAAGGCAGAAAUCUUCCUGGGGUUGCUGGUGAUCCUCAGCCUGUUCCAGGCAUCUGUAUCUUCUUCUUAUGAUCUGCUGGAGGAGCUGUCGGACACAUCCCUCCUGAGCACCGUGGACCAAGCCAAGCAGCUGGUGGAUGCAGCCUACAAGCGCACACGCGACCGCAUAAAGGAACGCCUGCAGGCUGGUGCCGUGACCCCAACAGAACUUCUAGGAUAUUUCAAACAGCCGGUGGCGGGGACUCGGGCUGCUGCUCGGGCUGCAGAUUACAUGGGAACCACCCUGACCCUGCUCAAGGAGAAGCUGCGAGGGACUGUGAGGGGAGACUUCAAUGUCACAGACCUGCUGACGCCGGCUCAGCUGGGGGUGAUUUUCAAGGCCAGCGGAUGUGACCAGCAAGAUAAGAAAAUAAAUUGUGGCAUUUCUCACAGCUACCGAACGAUCACUGGCGAGUGCAACAACAGGAGAAAGCCAUCACUAGGAGCUUCAAACAGAGCCCUGGUCAGAUGGCUGCCAGCGGAAUACGAGGACGGUGUGUCACUGCCCCGCGGGUGGACAGAAGGGAAGCGUUUCUCAGGAUUCCCCUUUCCACUGGUUCGAAAAGUCUCAAACGAGAUUGUCCGCUUCCCCCCGGAGCAGCUGAGGAUGGACCAGCAGAGAUCACUCAUGUUCAUGCAGUGGGGCCAGUUUAUUGACCACGACCUGGAUUUCAGUCCAGACACCCCGACCAGAGUCACCUUCAGUGGCGAGACGGACUGUGAGACCAGCUGUGCCAAGCAGCCCCCUUGCUUUCCCAUCCAGAUCCCACCCAAUGACCCACGAAUUAAGAACACAAAAGAUUGCCUUCCUUUCUUCCGCUCAGCUGCUGUCUGCACCAGUGGCAGAGCAAUCCGAGACCAGAUCAACGCGCUCACCUCCUUUCUGGACGGCAGCGUGGUGUACGGCAGCGAAGUGCCUUUGGCCCACAAACUGAGGGAUCACAGCAACCAGCUGGGCUUGCUGGCUGUUAACCAGUAUUUCACUGACAGGGGAAAGGAGUACAUGCCCUUCAUCAGCAUGCCGAAGGACCCCUGUCUUAUAGUCAGCAAGGGAGCUAAAAUCCCUUGCUUUCUUGCAGGUGACUCUCGAGCAAGCGAGAUGCUGGAGCUGGCGUGUAUGCACACGCUCUUUGUGCGGGAGCACAACCGCCUGGCGAGGGAGCUGAAGACACUAAAUCCCCACUGGAAUGGAGAGAAGAUCUACCAGGAGGCACGAAAGAUCCUGGGCGCCAUGAUCCAGAUUAUAACUUACAGGGACUACCUGCCUCUUCUCUUGGGAACCCACUUCAGGAGGCUGAUUCCUCCCUACCAAGGCUACAGUGAGGCCAUGGAUCCUCGAAUAUCCAAUGUCUUCACCCUGGCUUUUCGGUUUGCUCAUGCUUCAGUUCCCCCAACUGUUGACCGCUUAGAUCGAAAUUUCAAGACCAUCGGUCCCAAAAUUCAACUCAGAAACAGCUUCUUUGCUGUCUGGAGGAUUCUUAAAGAAGGUGGCAUCGACCCCUUCCUCCGGAGCCUGAUGGCCAAUCAGGCCAAGCUGAUGACACAGCAGCAAAUGGUCGUGGAUGAGCUCCGGGAUCGGAUGUUUGAGCAGAUCGAAAGGAUUGGGUUCGAUUUGCCCGCACUCAACAUGCAGCGUGGCAGAGAUCACGGCCUCGCGGGUUAUAACUCCUGGAGAAAAUUCUGUGGGCUCUCACAACCCUCCGGAUUAAAUGAACUUGCUGAGGUGCUGAAGAAUCACGGUCUGGCGAAGAAGUUCAUAGAGCUGUACGGGACACCGAAAAAUAUCGACAUUUGGAUUGGGGCACUUGCAGAGCCCUUUGUGGAGGGAGGCAGAGUUGGACCUCUCAUGGCUUGUCUCAUUGGCACCCAGUUCAGGAACAUUCGUGAUGGGGACAGGUUUUGGUGGGAGAACAAAGAUGUUUUCACUCCUCAGCAGCGCUUUGCCCUGGCUAAAAUCUCCUUGUCGCGAAUAAUAUGUGACAACACCCACAUCUCUAAAGUUUCAAGACAUAUCUUCCACGCUAACAGGUACCCUUAUGGCUUUGUGAGAUGCAACUACAUCCCAAAGCUGGACCUCAGAGCCUGGAGGACAAAGAGCACCGAGGACGUUACAGAGCAAGGUAUAAGCUUCCAAGAGCAGACAGUGCCUGCCUGCAAACCCGUGAGACAACCAGACCCUGCAGCUCUCAGGCAGAGCUGCCUCACGCAGGUCUGA